AUGGAGGACGCAGACGGGACGCGGACAGUGAUAUAUCGUGUAUUUCCUAGAUGCGCGUGAAAUCAUUUAUUACAUACGAUGCUCCAAUUUCAACGGACGUUUGAAGAACUGACCGAGAAUAAGAAGAGAUCCUGGACCGAAAUUUAAGCCGCCAUUCAUGGUUGAACAAGAGAUAUCCGAUCGGGAAUAUCACGUGUACACGCGAAGGAUAAUGGUUUCGUCCGCGAUAUUCGGCGCCGCGGCUGGCACGGGAUUAGCCCUGGUGGUGGCCAUGACGAUCGUGGUCUAUCGAUACUACGCCGUGAAGCAGAAGGGAAGGUGGAGCUGGAGCAAUCUAGAUCGUUGGCCCGAUCCACCGACCAUCAGGAACAGCAUCGCCGAUGGUCGGCUUCAUCACCACCACUGUCAUACGGCACCGGCGUCACACGUGUUGGACUGCUGGAGAAAGCCUCAAAAGAGUUACUACGCCGUGCAAACCGGAGAAUUUAACAUUGCAAAGGAGCAACAUGCUGUACAACCUUCAACAUCUGAAUCGGGUUUGCCUCAUCAAAGUCGCAGUUACCCGGGCGGCGGAAGUGGUGGUCGAACAUUGGUGAGAAACUCGUCCGUCAGCUCGCAGAGCUCGCUGGAGGGUGCAUCCUGUUCCUCGAGUCAUCGCGGAUCAUCGCCUCAAAUCAGGGCGUUCGGUCCGGAUGGACGGCAUUAUGCUCGACACGACCCUUUACACGCCGCCUCUUCGUAUCCACCCAGCAGAAACUCGAGGUCUCCUUCACCAGCUAGGGCGGCGUCCUUGGAUGCACGUUGUGGAAGUCCUGCCAGUUACUCGAGCAGCCUGCACAGUGGAAAUGCGUCGCCUUCGCAGACCUCUUUGUCGUCACUGGCAACGGGCGUAAGUUCCACUUGCGUGUGUUCGCCAAUAAAUGCCAUUCAAGGCACUUCGAGACAAGCCAGUCGUUGCUUGUCACCUCUUCUCAUCCCGCCACCACGUGCUUCCAUAAGCAACAACGGUGGCCCCGUACCGCCUGCUUCCCCGCUUGGUUCUUUACAACCGGAUCUCUACCAAAAAGAAGACAGUAAGGUCUUCCUGAGCGCCCGCAGAACGGGAAAACAUCUUGGCGAGCUUCACCUGCGCCUGAAGUACGACUUCGAUAGAUCGGACUUGCACGUGCAUCUGAUCGAGGCGAAGGAUCUCGCUGGCAGCGAUCAGGGCGGCUUCAACGAUCCCUACGUGAAGCUGACCCUCAGCCCGGAAGUGGACACCAGGAAAAGGCAGACGCAGAUCCAUCGGAACAAUCCGAAUCCGAGUUUCAAUCAGCACUUUAAGUUCCCCGUGAGCUACGAGGAGUUGCAGGAGAAGACCUUAAUGUUGCAGGUAUUCGAUUAUGACCGCUUCUCGAGGAACGACGUGGUGGGUUCCCUGAGGGUGGCGAUAGACAACCUCGAUCCGGUCUCCUCCACUUCUUGGACGGACGUCUGGGGGGAGAUAGCGAGGGAGCGCAAGCCGCCGGAAGAAAUCCAGGAAGUUUUGGUCUCGUUGUCCUACUUGCCGAGCGCCGAGAGACUCACUGUGCUCAUAAUGAAAGCCAGGAAUCUGUUUCCCCAGCAGGACAAGGAGACGUUGGAUCCGUUCGCGAAAAUCAGCCUUCUCUGCGGUGAAAAGAGAAUAAAGAAGAAGAAGAAGACGGCCGUUAGGAAGGCGACGAUGAAUCCCGUCUGGAAUGAGGCGAUGUCAUUUAACGUGCCCGCUUCGUCACUGGCGUCGUCGGCUAUAGAGGUGCGCGUGCUGGACUCGAGCAGCGAAUUGAUGGGCGGUAACGCCGUGGUCGGAUCUUGCAUCAUCGGGCCCGCCACGGACAGCGGCAACAGUCAAGGACGAGAGCACUGGCUCCAAAUGACGUUGUCGCCCAGGAAGCAAAUCGCAGAGUGGCACGCGUUACAUUAGCUCAGUCACUACGAUCGAAACGUUUCUGAUUUUACUACAAAGGUAAUUCUCGCGUUCUCGCUCGAAGAACGAGGACGAAACACAAUCCCACCGUAACUAAUAGUCGGACGACCAUGUAUACAUAACGAAACAUGUAGCGGUAUUACAUGUAAAAGUAAGAAACUAUAUAUAUUUCCCGAAAAGGAAAAAAAAACGCGAAAGGAGAAGACCGAGGAGGAGUGUCCCCGCUGUGAGAAACUGUUCUUCUGCACUUUUAUAGAUAUAUAUAUAUAUAUAUAUAUAUAUAUAUAUAUAUUAAAUGGUCAUUAAAGAUCCGCAACAUAACGCGUCUGGAACGUCGAUGUGCGAGGGAAAAAGGAAACGAAAAACAAAAAAAAGAAGAUAUAAGAGUUACGAUCGUAUAUAUAUAUAUAUAUACCGUGUGAAUAUUCUUCGUGUGUCCACGCACGUAAACAGGCACAAAGCGCACUCACGUUUUCGUUCGUUGCACCGUUACUCAACUGCUGUUCGUAAUUCCAACUGUAUAUUUAACCUUAAGUUUUUUGGAUACCUGAAAAGAUUUUCGACGUGUAUUUUUGAGACAACUGACGCGCACCAGGCAGCGAGGCUCCGCGAGCGUUGUCACGAGGGAAACGUCGAUCUCGAACCGUUGAACAGAAGGAGAGAAAUCGGUCUCGCGUUUCUCUUGUGGACAACGGAUCAAUAAUUCAACGUACAAAGUAAUACUUUAAGACAAGACAGGCGCGUUCCAAGGAGACGGAUUACUGAGUAAAUUCUAAAUACGUUGAUCGAACCUGUCAGGUGAUGAACUAUUUUCUCUCAGGUUUAUAAGAUUAUCCUUUAUUUCUCUUAUAAUUGUACCUCUGCGAGAAAAAGAAAGAGAGCGAGAGGAAAGGAAAGAAAAACAGGCAUGAUAUAUGUGUCAACGAAAAGCUUAAGUCUGUCGUUGUGUGACAAAUGUGGCCUGGAAGAGUUCAAAGGGCACUAUGUCUAUAUAGCUUGCAAGUUAAUCGGAGGCCUAAUGUUAUUCCCCGCGAACGAGCAUGUUAAUCGAGUGUUGACUGUCGUUUAUCGCCGUAUUGUCGAGUGUGUAAUUCAUAUGCUAAGAAAAAUGCGGAAACACAAACAAUGGAUGUAAAGAAAUCGAGCAUCGAGAUAUGUCGUCUUUCGCUUAUUUUAUCGCUCGUGCACCGAUCAUAACUUCAUUGUUGACCUCCGUUCAUCGCGAUUAACGACACCUAACGAUACAACUGUUCAGCUGCAUUUAUAUAUUUAGGGUAAUUCAGAGAUAUCUCGACGUGUUCUAAUAAACGAAAAGAAAGAAACGAGAUAAUAAUUCCAAGAUGGUUUCGUCGAUUAAAGAUGGAUACUUUUGAUCUUUUCUUUAACCAUUUAGAACAAUGGGAAUCGCGGAACACAGGCAUUUAAAAGCAACUUUGAUUUAUGAUAGUAAAGAUAAACUACUCUCUUUUUAUCGGAUUGUGAAGGAAAUCUCUCGACAUUCGUUUGAGGAAACUCAGGAAAUUCAGAGACUUUCUGUAAGACUGAUAUAACAAUAUAUUUUUGGAUGUAUAACUAUUAAAUUGAAUUGUAAAAAAUACUAUCAUAGGAAUGAAUUGUAUUAUUUAAAUAUAAUUGUCCCGUAUGAAGUCUACUUUUUACCCAUUUGUCACGCGUUUCUCGCGAAACCACUUGCAAUAAUCUCUGUGACAUCGCAUCCGGAUUUACCCAUUCGUAAUAUGUAUAUUUGUGCAACAAAAACCGUUGAAAAUUGUACAAUAAUUAUCGAUAAUCGCUAUAAAAGUGUCGGGAUCUUCCACACGUUGAAAUGUUUCUAAAUUGCCCUAAUUCCUAACUUGUGUCGUAUUUCGUCACUUCACGAAUUAAGAAUUAUAAAUGAAAUGUCCAUCCGACUUGAAUCCAUCGUAUCAUACUGAUAAGUUAUAGUUUCAUCGCAAAUCUGUUGUUUCCUCGUUUGAACAUUUGAAUUGAUAAGCCUGUCAGUUUUUGGAGCAUCUAGUUGUGCAUACGUUGUACAACAUUGCGUUUUAAGUGUCUUUUGGUUCGUCACUCGAAGUUGCAAUGUUGUGAUCCUUGUUGAAAAGAAAGAAAAUUAAAUGUUGGUAAACAUUAAAAAUAUAUAUGAGAUAUAAAUAUAUUAUAUACAUAUAAUGAAGAUAUAUAAGUCUAUAUAUAAAAUAAAUAAAUACAAAAGAGAUAAUUUAACAACUUAUAGAUGAGAAGAAACGCUUCAUCACGGAAGCGGAAUCUGAAUCGUACGCUUAACUCUUAUAUAUAUAUUUACGGUAUUUCUAUUAUUCUAUAUAUUACAAGAAGUAUAUGAUAAUGUUAAAGAAGAAUCGAAUACAGGCCGCGACUGCAAAAGUGGACAUCAGUAAUAGGGAGAAGAUCGUUUUAAAAACUUGAGCAAAUUUUUAGUAGAGUCGAGUUUUUAUCAAUAUAAGGAUUACGGAAAGGGGGGUAAAUAGAUUUCGUAAUAAGAUAAAAUAAUAAUUUAUAAAUCAAUAAGAAAAUAACCAAAAGUUAAAUCUAACAUUUUGUGUCUCUUUCUUGACAUUCGGUUUUUGUUAUUUAAAUCAAAUUGUAACUGAAAGACUCGUGUCGCGAACGGACAAUCGCUUCUUUUUUCUUACUUUUUCUACCGAAUGCCAAAGCUACUGCUGAUUCUCACUUUUCCAGCUCUGCGCUGUAUUAUAUAAAUAUAAACUUGAGAAAAAUGUCCUUAUAUAUUUACCGUCGUACAAUCAUCCUGAGUGUCUGCUGUGUGAAAAUGCACUUUCGAUAUUACUGUAUUCUACCGCGCGUAUAGGUGAAGGGAAAGUUCUUUAUAAAAUAUAUUCAUGAGGUCUUAUUAUACAUAAGAAGCUCAAUUUUUCGAAGCUUACGUCAGAUUACCAUCUAGAAAGUGGAAAGCAACCUGACUUAUUUGAUGUCUAUGCCGGAAACUCUUCAGAAAAGAGAAACCGAUAUCACUGGUAUCAGUCAUCAUUUCGGAUUCCACGCGGGUCGUUAUAUUUUCUUAUGUGAAUGAAAAGACUCGUUACGGCUCUCUUUAAUUAACAGACACACACAUACACACGCGCACACACACACACACGCAUACACAUCUAUUGAUGGACCUGAAUUUGCCUUGCAUUUUACGAUUGUAAUCAAGAAGAGCCUCACUUAAUAUCUUAAUUAACAUGAGAUCUAAAAGUGUAAAUGGCCAUAUUCGUCCUGCCAAUAUCGGAUAGGGAGUUUACUUUACUUGUGAUUCUAAAGUAAGGUAAAUGGAAUGUUUUCCUGCGACAGAUUUCGAGGAGCUUUCGAAGAUAAGUCUCCCGUCUCCCCGUUCAUCGUAAAAAGUAAAUAAUGUUAUUCUAAAUGUGACGUAUAAUCUGAAUAUUUUUCUUGUAAUGUACUCUCGAUCCAAUCAUAACUUAAUUAAUAAAAUAAAGAUCAACUUAUUUACAUCAGAAGAGCCCGA